GAGUAUCCGUAUGGUAUUCCCGAAGAAAAAGUCGUUUCGUACGGUGAUCGGGAGAGCGUCGAUAAAUUAACCACUUCAAGGUGGGGAGGGGAAAAAAUUCCUGGCAGGUUUAACCUUCACGCCUGUGCAAUUGUUCCAAGCAAAGAUAGCAUGGCCGUUUCGGACGCUUUUGUGACGAUUAUCAACUGA